CGAGGUGGUCGUGCAUGAGAGCGCAGAACAACAAAAACAAAACAGGCUAGCAAAGAAGGAAAGAUUGCGGUGCCUAGCGCUUGGCCGCCGGUGUCAAAGAAAUCUCUCUAACGCCGGCUGAAAGCUAGCUGACAGGAAUUUCUACCUGUUUUCCUUCAAAAAGAUCUUCUAGGAAAGAAUGGGUGACCGUUACAAUAUUCACAGUCAGUUGGAACAUCUGCAGUCAAAGUACAUUGGAACUGGUCAUGCAGAUACAACAAAGUUCGAAUGGCUUGUCAAUCAACAGCGUGAUUCCUGUACAUCAUACAUGGGUCAUUUUGAUCUUCUAAAUUUCUUUGCAAUCAGCGAAAAUGAGGCCAAAGCUCGUGUGAGAUUCAAUCUAAUGGAAAGAAUGUUGCAGCCAUGUGGGCCUCCACCUGAGAAACCCGAAGAUUAAAUUAGUAUAUAAUGCAUUCCCUUUUCUUUUCAUGUGUGAUACGGUCAAAUACACAUUUUAUCUGCCUUAAUUUUAUACCCUAACAUGGUGAAAUUGCUAUUUUCCAAGACAGUAUUUAAGUUGCAAAUAGUUUUCUACCUCACGUUAUCUUGAGAGUUCGGAUUAUAAUUUUUGAAAUAUUGAAACCAUGUCUUCUAAUAAAAUGUAUGGAGUACAGAGGAUGUGAAGGUGGACACCUCAAUAAAUAAAGUUCUUUGAGAACAAUUAUCACAA